AUGUGGCCCCAUCCCGACUUGUCUUUUGACGUCGUCAACUUGAACUCCACACUUGAAACCAUCGUACCACUAGUCAACAUGACGAUGACAACUUUUGCACAGCUUGCGCUCCUUCUUCUCCCCUUUUCAUUGUCUUCCUCCGCCAGCGACCUCGCCAAGACGAAUAUAGUCGACCUAGGCUAUGCCCGCUACCUGGGGAAUCUUUCCUUCCCAAACACUGUUGCCUUCCUUGGGCUGCCGUAUGCGGAGCCUCCGCUGGACAACCUCCGAUUUAGAGCACCCCUACCGCUUAAUACGGCUCGUCUGGCAAUUGAGGCCAAGGGGAGGGUUAUUGAUGCAACACAAUAUCCUGAUUUCUGCGUCCAGGGCUCGACGGGAGGCAAGUGCGGGGAUGCGGGCGGUGCCGGGUCCGAAGACUGUCUUAAGGUCAACAUAUAUGCGCCUGCUGGAGCUAAAGCAGGGGAUAAUCUCCCCGUGCUGGUAUACAUCCACGGCGGCGGGUAUUUCUUCGGCAACCCUGCCAACUGGCCGUUUGACCACUGGAUCCACCAGUCGCCUAACGUCGUGAUCGUGUCUGUGUACUACCGUCUUGACGCAUUCGGCUUCCUCUCCCAUCCCGAAUUUUCCGCGGACCCUGCGCUGGGUGACCACAAUGCCGGAUUCCAGGACCAAGUAUUGGCGCUGAAGUGGGUGCAAAAACAUAUCAGCAAGUUUGGCGGAGACGCGACAAAGGUAACAAUUAACGGCGAGAGUGCUGGUGGGAGCUCUGUUGAGCUACAUAUGGUCGCCAAUUCGGACAAGGGGAAGAAUCUAUUCAGAGGAGUCAUCGCGCAGAGCGUGUAUCGCACCCCAUUGGCACGACCGGAGCAACGUGUGGCCCAAUUUAACUUGUUUGCAUCACAAGCAGGAUGUGGACCCGGGUCAACAACAGAACAAAUGAAAUGCCUUCGCCAGGCAAGUGUAAGUGCGUUGGCACGAGCUCAAGAUGCCACCGCUGGCUCUUCGACCCUCACCGGGUACAAACUCUUCCAACCCGUCCUUGAUGGCAAAACCUUCUCUGACUUCCCAACGAACACCUUUGGGGCAGGACGAGGCUUCUCAGAUGUGCCUAUCAUCGUCGGUGCGACGACAAACGAGACGCUGUCUGGGGGCAGCAGCAUUCCCGAUGCGUUGAAGUCUUUCUUCCCUUCCAUGUCGAACGACGAUGCCAACAAACUCGUUGCGGCAUAUCCCGUCUCGCAGUUUGCCGACUCGACUGCACUGCAAUUCCAGGCCGCCACAGGCGAGUCAGAGCUAAAAUGCGCCAGGCAUGUCAUCGCAAGCGCCGUAUCACAGCGCGGGAAAGCGAAAGUAUGGACGUAUAGAUAUAACCAGCCCAACCCAACAAGUGGGAGCCCCGCCGUGUCUCAUGCAGCAGAGAAUUGGAUGAUGUUCCUGGGUGUCAAUACUGGCGUCAACGGCACUCGCCAAUUCACUCCCCAGACCCCCAUUGAAACCGCAUUUGCGUCGGAGCUGAUCGCGUACUGGUUGUCGUUUGUCCGAGCCCUGGAUCCCAACACACAUAAACUAGCCAGAUCGCCGUUCUGGAAGCCAUUUAGCGUAAGCGACAAGGAGCGGAUGAUCCUCCAAGAGGGCCCAGAGCCCAACGCUAGCGGGAGCUUCCUGGAAUUGCAGAGCGGAGAGGAAACUGGCCGGUGCGACUCUGUUGCUGAAUUGGCGGGGGCUCAGCAAAAUUGA